AGAGAUGGCUGCUAUUUUUAUUAUCUUGAUCGUGUUUCUGUAAUCAGCCUCUUUCACACAUCUCAUAAACGUAUCCGUCACAAUAUCAUUACAACCAGAUACUUCCUGCCCUACCUACUUUGUUAAAAGGGCAAUCAACGCUGUGUGACGUGCUCAAGUGAACAUAUAUAUAUAUAUAUAUAUAUAUUGACUUGGUGUGUUGGGAGAGUACAUGCGACGACCAUCAACGACAGUAUGGUUGGGUUAUUUGUCUGGAUAUUCUUCAUCAUUGGAAGGGCCGGGGCAGACACCUUUGUUGGCGUGGAGGUUCCUGGUUUUUGUCUGCAGACAUGUUCAGAUCUAUGCCAAGGAGACUUACGAACCACAUCCACUCAUUACUGCAACUGUGACGAGGCUUGUCCUCUUUUUGGUGAUUGUUGCCAAGGCUAUUUUGAGACCUGUAUCAAGUUACGGACAGAUCAUGAUAUAAUUUCAUUCCUAUAUGACAUCAAACAGAAUAUACAGUCUCCCUCUGUCGUCUACAAUGAUUUUCGGAGAACUGCAGAAUACUCGACGUGUCUCGGCCUUCAUGAUGGUAAAAAGGCUUUGACAAUAUACAUGAUCAACAGAUGUCCUGCAGAAUUUAACAAUGACAUCAUCAAGGAGAAGUGCGAGGGAAAUGCCUACCCCUUUGAUACCCCUGUCACCAACAGAUGGAACCUUUAUGAAAUAUUCUCAAGUAUAUUCUGUGCUAUGUGCCACAAUAUUCCCAGGCGAGAUAUGGUUGUAUGGAACUCAACAUUACUCUGUCCCGAACCAACAAACGAGCCAGUAAAUAUGAGAUUUAUUAUCAGUGGAUCUGGACCGUUCCUAAGGUGCAGGUCUUACGUUGAGUACCACACUGCCUCCAAGUUGCGUCGUUGUAAUGAAGAAGAACCUGCUGCAACGUGCGAUACAAGCAGCACAGGAUACCUUGGACUAAACGAUUCCUUGUCUUUCAGUGACGUCAGUCUGCUUUGUCAAAGCUAUAUCGCCGGCGUAGGGACAGGAAAUCAUGGGGUCCACAGAAACCCACACUGUUUGACGUGCAGUAAAACAGGACUUUCACAGAGGACGAGUUGAGAUGUUAUGUUCAUUUUUCUUCUUCAUCUGUACCCUUUGGUAAAACAAUUCUAUUUCGUAAGAAUAUUUCUCCUCCAGAUAUGUUCUUCACGUUCAACAGCCAACUUGGAUCAAUAAUUCCAGAUUAUAUACUUUGUUAUGAAAAUCAAACCAGGAAUGAUAUUCUCAAUACUUGUGAAGAUAAGGUAUGUUCCAAUUCUACUUUGAUAGGCAACAAGUGUUUGUACGUUCAAAAUGUUCAAAAUUCCUUUAAUACCCAAAACUUGAUCCUUAAGCUUCAGUUCAAUACGACUGAGGAAGCAUCAGAUCUCUCAAGGAUGGUUCAAGAUGUAACGUCAUCCAUGGGGAUGGCCGUAACAGAAACUGGAAACAAGCACGGAUUUGAUGUAAACAGCAGAAACUUGAGAAUAGUGUUUGCUGCGUUGACACCUUUGAAAACGAAUAUGAAUAAUUCAGUUUACAAAACAGAGUUUGAA